GGGAGCAGCGUCUUCAGUCUCUUCUCCAAUGCGGUCAUUGGAAUAGCUUUUAUUGUUGUAGACACAAAACCACAGCUUAGGAUAACCAUGUCUUCAGUUGAGAGUUUGAGAGAGUUUGUCAACGAGCGACUGAGUGCUGCUGCUGAAGAAAUAUUCGGAGUUUUUCAAAGAACUAUCGUCGAGUAUGAAGAAGAGAUUCAUCGUCAGAGGAGACUGCUGGAUACAGUUUUAAUUCCCGAAAUAAAGUUACACAGAAUAGAGCUCCCUGAGAAAUCUGUGUGUAAGGAGGAGGAGGUUCUCUCUGGUCAGCAGCUCUGUAGUCAGGAGACGGACUCCAGCCUGGACCAGGAGGACCCAGAGCCUUCACAGGUGAAAGAGGAACAGGAGGAACUCUUCAUCAGCCAAGAGGGAGAGCAGCUUGAAUUGAAGCAGGAGACGGAUGCUUUGACAUUGACUUCUACUUAUGACGAGAGUGAUCAAAGUGAGUCUGAAUUAAUCAGUGACAAAUGGCUCCUCUCUCAGGACUCACACAAAGCUGACAAUCAAGCUUACGAAGACGGAAAGCUUGAAUUAGUUACUGGAUUAGUAAGAAAUCCUGAGCCAGAACCAAACACUAAACAUGAGGAAAACAGUUACAGCAAUAGCUGGUGUGAACCCAAAACACAGACACACCUAAGCAUGCAAACAGAGGAGAGACCUCAUUUGUGCAAAGUAUGUGGGAAAAGUUUUAAGUGUAAUUCAAAAUUGAAUUUACACAUGAGAACCCACACAGGCGAAAGGCCAUACCUUUGCGUGACCUGCAAUAAAAGAUUUGGUGAUAUUGCAGGAUUGCGGAGGCAUUCAAGAAUUCACACGGGAGAGAAGCCGUAUCCAUGCGAAAUAUGUGGGAAAUAUUUCAGACAUGGUAAUGCCUUAAAGGUCCACAUGAGAAUCCACACAGGGGAGAGGCCGUACCUUUGCAAGACCUGCGGGAAAACAUUCUGUGACUUUUCAUCUUUGGCCAGGCAUAGUCGAAUUCACACAGGCGAGAGGCCCUUUACCUGCAAAACAUGCGGUAGAGCUUUCCAACAUAGAAGUUCCUUGAAUACCCACAUAAAAACACACACAGGAGAGAAACCUUACAUUUGCAGAAUAUGUGGAUGUGCCUUCAAGCAGGCCAGGACAUUAAUGGGUCACAUGAAAACCCAUACUAGCUGAAUACUCAAACUAAUUGGGUUACAUAUAGUACUUUAAUGUUUUUCUUAUGCAAAAGCAUGAUCACAUAUGCACAUGGAGUUUCAUAUAGUGCCUAUAAAAGUAUUCAACAUGGGCUGUUUCAAAGGUAUUCUGUUCAUCACUUCAUCUGAAAACUACCUUCAGGAGUGUCACACAUAAACAAUAAAGUAGUUAUUUAGAAACAAUGUCUUCUCUCGGAUGGUCUCAUUUGAGUUUGUAGACAAUAUAGAGAUAGAAUUUUUUUUGUUGUGCUUUAUAAAAAUUUCUCACAGGAGUUUACAUGAACUAUAGUUAUCUGGGCAUCUCCGUGGUUGCUUUUGACAUGAUUCUUUAUGUUUAUCUCUGAAUACAUUUCAAUUAAAAUUGCAAGAGAGAUUUCAAAAUUGUUAUCCAAAGCAGUAACAGUUUUAGAUAAAGUCAAAACAGAAUAACUUAACUACUAACACUACUUACUUUAAUCUCAUGUCAAAAGAGCAGAAAGAGUUCAGGUAACUUUUAAAGAAUGUCAGAGUAAAAACAAGUUAUAGUUAUGUGAACAUGAAAUGAGUUUUUACAUCACAGGUCUCAUAGAGGUUGAAUCGUUACUAAGUUCCAUUAGAAACAUCUGCAGGAUGGAAUUGGAUACAGCUGUGGACUUUACUUUGUACUGAGAGUGUAAGCUUCUUUUAUUUACCUGCAGGAAUAAGAAGAAAUGUUCAAUACUUGUUAUUCGGCCU